UAUAGGCGUCUCUUCCAUCAUUUCAUCAGACAGGUGGAAGAUGGACGCCCUGAAAUCUGCGGGGAGAGCGAUAAUGAGGAGCCCGAGCCUCGGCCGCCACCAGAAGCUGCCGGACCUGUGGACGGACUCUCCGGAUGCGCUGCUGGAGGGGAUCAUCUUCCAUCUGAAGUACCUCGGCAUGACUCUGGUGGAAAAGCCCAAAGGCGAAGACAUGGCGGCUGCUGCUAUCCGCCGCAUCAUCGCUAUGGCUCGAGCAAGUGCAAAAGAUCUGCAGCAGGUGAUCCUGACCGUAACACCGCACGGUAUUACACUGCAGGAUGCCGCCACCACACAGCAGAUCGAGUAUGUGUCUAUAUACAGAAUUUCUUAUUGUACAACAGACAAAGUUCAGAAUAAAGUCUUCGCUUAUGUGGCCCAGAACCUGUCCAAUGGGGCCCUUGAGUGCCAUGCCUUCCUGUCCCCCAAGAAGAAGCUGGCGCAGACAGUGACUCUUACUGUGGCUCAGGCCUUCACGGUGGCUCUAGACCUGUGGCAGUCCAGCAAAGAGGCAGGUAAACCAGACUCCUCCCCUGGAUUACAUGAGGCGGCCAUCCCACCCAGCACAGGUGCCACCGUUCCCCGGCCAGAUGAUUUUGACUCCGCAGCAAUGGAUGGAUCUCGUGUGUCAGAGGGCAGCGGACCACCCAGGGUGAGUACAGGGUGUGCACCGCGGAGGUCGGGAAGCAAGGUGUGCACAUCAUGGUUAUUAUCUCCAUCUGCUUCUUGUCAGGAUCUUGAAGACAAGGAACAUGAUGAUGACCUUGAUGACUAUUUCUCAAGAUUGGCAGAGGUUGGCACACAGCAGCUGGGAUCUCCAGAGGCAGUGACCUGAAACCUGCAGGCCUUGGUUUUCUGCAAGCUCCAAGAAACGUAGGAUGUGGAGAGACGCGUCUCCCACCGCUUGGUUGUGUCAGUGAAAAUUGCUGAUGGCCUCUUCUUCUGAACAUCACUACAUUGUGUACACAAUCCUAAUCCUCAAAGGUUUACAUCUCUGAACUACACGAAGAAAUGGUUCCUCACCUCAACCUUCAGAAGCCCCAGAGACAAUCAUUGUGUUCUUCAGAAGCCCCAUAUAUAACUGAUCUGUC